UUUCUACAUUUUGUGAUCACUAAACAUUGGGACCAACGCCAAAACAAAAGUUUCAACACAUGGAUACAGAGAUUUGUCGCAUAUGUUUGAAUGCAUCUAAUACGCUGGUGGGAAUUUUCGCUUUGCGGGAGGAAAGUCAAAAUGGCCAACCAGAGCCCAGCCUGGCGAAUAUGCUAAACGCAUGUGCUGAUUGUCAUAUCAAAAUCAAUGAUGGACUGCCACAACAAAUCUGCAUGAGUUGCGUCCGAAGCGCUCAAAAUGCGUACAGAUUUAAGCGCAAGUGCGAGGAGAACUAUCGACAGCUGUUGGAAAGGCGCAACUCGCGAUCCUCAAAGAAAGAGCCCGAAAAAACAAAAACGGAACCAGAUUCUAAGCACGUAAAUCAGGGGAAGGAAGAAACAGCACAGUAUAAAUGCCAACUUUGUAGUAAAGAAUUCCCGCAUUUGAGCCUACUACGUGUGCACAAAAAAUGGCACCUUGAAAACCAAUCGAGGGUCAAAGUCACCGCAUUGCCAAAGCAAGUACCAACGUCGGUUAAGCGGAAUACCAAAUACCCCGUUCGGCAGAAGAAAAGUCGUAAUUUGCCGCUAAUCAAGAACCAUUCCCACAGCAGCGAGCGACCAUUUGCGUGUACAAAUUGCCCGAUAGCAUUUCAAAGUAAGACACAUUUAGUGAGACAUAUGCGCAAUCACACGGGUGAACGUCCUUAUCAGUGUCCCCACUGCGCAGACAGCUUUGCAAGAAGCGACUAUUGCCGCAAUCAUAUGAACAAAGUGCAUAGAGGUCUAAAAUUCACUGGCAAGUUGGCUCGAAGUAAGAAGGGAAAAUCGUAAGAUAAUAUGCAUCAACAGACACUAGGGAUCUUCGAUCUUCCUGAUUUGCAAAAUAAAAUGACAAAAACAUUAAGGUUUUCAUUCAUUGAAUUGAGUAUACAAAUUUAGGACUAAAUAUAUAUAUUUUUUUAAUUUAAGAAUAAAUUGAAUAAAAUAUAUCGAUACUUACACAUCUUAAUUGUGAUGGAGACAAAAAACAUCGCUAUGCGAUUAAUCGGUACACGCACAUCGCAAUUGUGCAGCCCGGCUCAAUAUUAAGAGAAAACAAGGUUGUUUCACGCCAAGGGAUUGCAACUUUGCUUGUAUUGCAUUUGUUGCAAUAGUUCUUGUGCUUAUAAAGUAUUAAACAAUACCAUAUAUACUAAGAAAAUUAAGUGCACUCAUCUACACUCAAAAAAUACAUCAAUAUCGGAAAUAACUAGCAGCAAUAUUGUGAAAUGUGACGUCAGAGCACGCAGACCAAAAAUGCAUUAGCGCAACACGUAACCUUGGCCCUGGCAACGUAAUGUACAUAUGUAAAUUACAAGUGCACAAAUAGUAUCCGAUAUAGUGAGUGCAUACAAUAUGGACGCCGACAGCAGCUCACGUUCACCAAGAGAUACGAGGAGGCGCACGCGUCCCAAGGAGAAGGAGAAAGAGAAGGUGCCAUACUUUGCGGAUGAGGCAAGGGAACGUGAUCGAGUGCGCAAUCUGCGACUUAGGAAAACAUCGAUAACACGCCCAACCACACCACCCAGAGGAAGGCCAAGACGUGCCAGAUCUCGCUCAUAUUCUGCGGAACGCAAUUGCUGCCAUCGACGUCGCCGGUCCAGGAGCUACGAACGCCGUCACAGCAGCAACCGCUAUAAAUCCGCCACAGCACUCGCUGCAAAGCCUAAUCGACGUCGCAGCCGUAGCCGCAGUCGGAGCCGCAGUCGCUCUCGAACGCCACGCAUUAUAACGGUGCCUGUGCCAGUGCCUGCUGCCGAUUAUCCCUACGCCUACGCUUGGCCACCUCCGCCGCAGCGUCCACAUUUCAAUCCCAUGUAUGGCGCCGUGCCAUAUGGUCUGCCACCACGUCCUGUGUAUCCUGGGCAUCCGUAUUUUGCGCCGUAUCCACGGCCGAGACCAACAUUUCCCUAUCGAGCCGCUCCAUUCCGGCCGCAUCCCCGAUUUAGCUAUAGGAAUCAACGGCAGGCGCCGAAUUGAAUUUUUUAAACUUUACAUAAUUACAAAUUUAUUUACUCAACUGCUAUUUACAUUCGUGUGUUUUGAUUUGUACAUUAAAUUAAUAAAUUAUACACAUGAAACUAAAUACAAAUAAAAAUAAUAAAAAACAUAAAA